ACGGUUAGCAACACUGGAAUUCGCUGCUUCUCGCGCUGCUGCUCGCGCUCGCAAUCUCGCGCCAUUUGUUCUGCCAAAUACCGCCAUUUGCCGCUUGCAGUGAGCUCAAUGGCCAGCUUAACCGUAAAUAAAGACAUCUUUUACCGGCGAAUGCGAAGAUUAUACGCAGCUUGGCGGAAACCGGACCAAAACUAUGGCCCCUUCGCGAAGAUGGACGCUUUGGUUUCAGCCGUGGGAGUGGAUGAAGAUGUUGUCUACAGCAAGUCAACUGCAAUACAGACCUGGCUCUUCGGCUACGAGUUGACGGACACCAUCAUGGUGCUCUGCGAGAACGCCAUCUACUUUCUGGCGAGCAAGAAGAAAGUAGAGUUCCUCAAGCAGGUGGAGUCUGGCAAGGAGAAUGAGGGCCAGGUGCCGCCGAUCACCCUGCUUGUAAGGGACAAGGCUGACAAGGAUCAGGCCAACUUUGAGAAGCUUACUGAUGCCAUCAAGAAGAGCAAGAAUGGCAAGACUGUGGGGGAGUUCAGCAAGGACAAGUUUCCCGGGGAGUUCAUGGACGCCUGGCGGUCUGUCAUCUCCGCCGAAAAAUUUGACUCUGUGGACGUGAGUGCCGCUGUCGCCUAUGUGAUGGCCCCCAAGGAAGAGCAGGAGCUGGUGCUCACCAAGAAGGCCUGCCAGGUGACAGUGGACGUGUACGCCAAGUACCUGCGUGACCAGAUCAUGGAGAUCAUAGACGCCGAUAAGAAAGUGAAGCAUUCCAAGCUGGCUGAAGGCGUCGACCAGGCCUUCUCGGACAAGAAGUACUUGGUGGGCGUAGAUCCGUCCCAAGUAGACUCGUGCUUUCCGGCCAUCAUUCAGUCCGGUGGAAAUUACAACCUGAAGUUCAGCGUGGUCAGCGACAAGAACACUCUCCACUUUGGCGCCAUCACGUGUGCUCUAGGAGCUCGCUACAAAUCAUACUGCUCCAAUGUGGUGCGUACGCUCUUGGUAAAUCCGACGCAAGAGCAGCAGGACCUCUACAACUUUCUGGUGGAGCUUGAAGAAGAGGUUGUCUUAGACAAGCUCAGGGAUGGUGUCAAGCUCUGCGACGUCUUUGCAGCAGCUGUGGCCCGUGUUGCCAAGGACCACAGCGAGCUUACAGACAAGAUGACCAAGAACGUCGGUUUUGCCACCGGCAUCGAAUUUCGAGAAAGCUCCCUGGUCAUCCAGUCGAAAACGACGGCCGUUGCCAGGAAAGGCAUGGUGUUCAACAUUAACAUUGGCUUCUCGGGACUUCAGUGCAAGGGUGCAACCGACGAAAAUGCCAAGACUUAUGCCCUCUUUGUUGGUGACACAGUCCUAGUCAAUGAGGGCCAGCCUGCAACCAUCCUGACCAACAGCAAAAAGAAGCUGAAGAGCAUUGCUAUCUUUAUCAAGGAUGAUGACGAUGAAGAAGAGGAGGAAGAGGAGGAGGAGACGAAGGAGAGCAAGAAGAAGCAGAGUGAUCAGAUACUUGGGCGUGGGGGACGACGAACAGCCAUUUUGGACUCCAAGCUCAGGACGGAACAGUCGGCGGAAGAAAAACGUCAACAGAACCAAAAGUUGCUGGCUGAACGGCUGAACCAGGCGGCCAAGGACAGGCUGGCGUCGCAGCGUGGUGUGCAGAAGGAUGAGAAGGUUCGGAAAUCGACUGUCUCAUACAAGUCUGUGAACCAACUUCCCAAGGAGCCCGAAGUGAAAGAGCUCAAGGUCUUUGUUGACAAGAAAUAUGAAACUGUGAUCCUGCCAAUAUUUGGAAUACCGGUGCCCUACCACAUCUCCACUGUGAAGAACAUUUCACAGUCAGUGGAAGGGGACUACACCUACCUGCGUAUCAACUUCUUCCACCCUGGAUCUGCCCUGGGGAGAAAUGAAGGCAGCGUCUUUCCCAACCCAGAAGCCACUUUCCUCAAGGAAAUUACUUACCGUAGCACCAAUGUAAAAGAGCCAGGGGAAAUUUCUGCUCCAUCGUCCAACCUGAACACUGCAUUUCGUCUCAUCAAGGAAGUGCAGAAGAAAUUCAAAACCAGGGAGGCUGAGGAACGGGAAAAAGAAGGCAUAGUGAAGCAAGACACGCUUGUCCUAAGCUCCAACAAGGGCAACCCAAAGCUCAAAGAUCUCUACAUUCGACCCAACAUCUACUCCAAGCGUAUUUCAGGAGUCCUAGAAGCCCACACGAAUGGCUUCAGGUUCACCUCUGUGCGAGGUGACAAAGUGGACAUCCUGUACAACAACAUGAAACAUGCAUUCUUCCAGCCAUGCGAUGGGGAGAUGAUCAUCUUGCUCCACUUCACCCUUAGAAAUGCCAUCAUGUUUGGCAAGAAGAAGCACAAUGACGUGCAGUUUUACACGGAGGUGGGAGAGAUUACCACCGACCUCGGGAAGCAUCAGCACAUGCAUGACAGGGACGACCUGGCUGCUGAGCAAGCCGAACGUGAGCUGCGUCAAAAGCUGAAGAACGCAUUCAAGACGUUCUGCGAGAAGGUGGAGGGUGUAACGAAGUCGGACAUUGAAUUUGACACACCAUUCCGCGACCUGGGUUACCCUGGAGUGCCCUACCGGAGCACGGUGCUUCUGCAGCCCACCUCGGGGUGCCUGGUGAACCUCACCGAUUGGCCCCCGUUCAUCAUCACGUUGGAGGAAGUGGAGCUGGUGCACUUCGAGAGGGUGCAGUUCCACCUCAAAAACUUUGACAUGGUGUUUGUGUUCAAAGACUAUCACAAGAAGGUGGCAAUGGUGAAUGCUGUCCCCAUGAACAUGUUGGACCACGUGAAGGAGUGGCUCAACUCGUGCGACAUUCGCUACACGGAGGGCAUCCAAAGCUUGAAUUGGACUAAGAUCAUGAAGACGAUCACGGAUGACCCGGAGGGAUUCUUCGAGAGUGGCGGCUGGUCCUUCUUGGACCCAGACUCUGACGGCGAAAAUGCGGACGACGACGACGACGACGAAGAGGAUGACCAGUACAACCCGAGCGAGUCCAACUCGGAAGCAGAGUCCGACUCGGAGGAGGAAGAAGACUCGGAGGACUUCUCCGGCUCAGAGUUCACCGAGGACGAGUCAGGCUCUGCAGUGGGUGUUGAGGGAACCAGUGAAGAAAGUGGGAAGGACUGGUCCGAGUUGGAAGAAGAGGCCAGAGAAGCUGACCGAAACCGCAAUGAGUUUGAAGAUGAGUACACCAAACGCAAGGGAAAAGGUGGUAGUGACCGCCCACCCGACCGCAAGCCCGACCGCAAGCCCGACCGCAAGCCCGACCGCAAGCCCGACCGCACGCCUGACAGCAAGUCGGAUCGCAAGCGUUCGUCGAGCGAUCGUCCCUCGCACAGGAGCUCGAGCGGAGGCCACAGCAGCAGCGCCAAGCGUAAGGGAUCCUCUACCUCGAGUCCUCAGAAAAAUGGGGCCAAGCGCCGCCAUGAUUCUGACUCCAAGCACAACGAUCAGCGUAAAAAGCACAAGAAGUGAUUGCAUCUGCACCUCCAUACGGGUCUGCUCCUGGCAAUGGCAGGAACUGCGUGGCUAUCAUCACGGCGUCAAGAAGUCGUCUGUCCUCAUCAGUGGUUAGCCAGAUGCCAAGUGGCCAAGCAUUUUCAGGAACACCAUGAACAUACCUUUGCCACGACUUGGACCACCUUGCACCCUCUUUUUUUUUUUUGUUGCCCCAUAGCCUCUUCUGUUUGUGCAUGCAUAUUUGCUGAGUUUCUUCCAAAAAUACUUCCACAUAAGAGCAGUAAAUACCUGCUUUUGGUAAGUUCAACUGACUGCUGUUAUGCCUGUACCAUAGCUUUUUCUGGACCACAGUCGUGCCACUCUUGCAAGUCCAACAGGCUUCUUAUUCUUUGGGGCAAGCAUCCCAAGUGUACAUAGUUUACACAUUGUGCAAACCUUUUGUCGAUAUAUAUAUAUUUGGGAUCCAGUGUUCAUGGUUCUUUUGCUUUCUAAAAGUUUGACUGGUUCACACUUGCAGUGUUUGUUAUUUAGCUUGCAAGGACUGAAUGUCUCAAUGUCAAUUUGUUCAAAUGUUAUUUCAUUUCUUGUGAGCCAAGAUUUGCGUAAGGCUUUCUUGAUUUUAAUAAAUGCUUUUAUAUUCA